AUGGAAGAAUUCUGUAAGGAUAACUGGACCUCUCUUGGACCUUUAUUGGAUAUCACUGGUCCAACUGGUCCCAGGGUCUCUGGUAUUCCAGAAAAUGCAAUUGUACAAGACGCUUUGGUAAAUGGAAACUGGUGCAUCUCAAGACUCCGCACCAGGCACCCUACCAUCGUAUUCCUCAAGGACAGUCUCCCUCCUGCGGAUACAAUAACCCAAGAUCGAGGAGAUGAUGUUUAUCUCUGGGCAAUUGGCGACAAGCCACCAUCAUCAACCUUCUCAACACACAAACAUGCGUUUCUCGCAUGGGUCACUACGCUAAACAGACUUCAUUCAAGGGACCGUCUCAUCACUUGGGGUAUGGAAGUGCCUUCGACAUGCCUUCUUUGCAUUGCUGCUGAUGAAACUCGACAGCACCUCUACUUUGACUGCCCUUAUAGUCAUCAGGAUUUGUGA